UCAGUUGUAUUGUAAAGUAUUCUCACUCAAGAUGGGAGAAUGUUAGAAAUACUAUUGACCGGAUGUUAGAGAUAUUAUCGACCGUCGAUCCGCAGCGCGCCUCUAGGAGAGAUUAGUAGUAUUAGUAUGUACAUGGCUCACAGCUUUAUUGUAUGGCUUCCACGCACGACGUUACGUUGCACGUGCAAUAAAUAACUUUUUUGUAAAGUACGUGUAUAUCACUGUUCUAUUUCUCAAAUACGUUGAGACCGGGGCGUUAUCCUUUUGACAAUUUUAAGUUUGCAGUCCUUGAAGUGGUGUUCCUUUGAACGGCAGUUGACGCAGCCAGCGACGUACUUCUUACCCACGAAAGUGACAAAGGUUUGGGUGCUACGAUCCACUUUGGUUGAUUGAAUGCGCUCGAUAAGGAGCUUGGCCCGUUUAAUGAUGAGGUUCUUAAACAUAUCCUCACUGAUUAUCCUGCAAUCAGCGAAGUACAACGGUGUUUUUCCGCUCGCGGUGAAACCGGGCAGAGGAGUGAUGCCCCCCUUAUUAUCAAAAGAUGUGUUUCCGACACGGUCGCCACUCGAUUUUUACCCAACAAACCGAGAAAGGAUUACUUCGGAUAUUCUAAAUUUCCCAACCUUUAUGACGCCCCGCUGAUUCCUCUUUCCCUUUUUCUGUUUCAAGUCGCCCCGUUGCCGCCGGAUCUAGGAUCGCCGCUGGACCAAGCACCUCGGACCGUCUCUGGACUGCAGCUGUGCACCGCCGACUUCGCCCUGGACCUUCGCUGGACCGCCUCUGGACCGCCUCUGGAUCUCCCCGAACGGAUAUAGGAUCGCCGACAGGUAAGUAUCAGGAUCAGGUAGGUAUGUCUUAUAGGUAAGUUGACCGCACACGAAUGAAUUUAAGUACUCUGAUUUCUUUUAGAUAAUAAAAUAUAAUCUAUUUUAUUCUAUUUCCAGAUACACUAUUCGUGACAAAGUCUUUAAUUGUUAACGUGUCUACCGCGGGAUGUUCAACGCCGAGAGUCUAAGUUUCUAUCGCAAGGUUUUACUGACCGAAUCGACUGUUCUCUAGGCUCUGACGAAGAAUUCUUCGAUGCUUGGGCUCCAUUCGGGCUCCCGACUUCGGAGAUAGCUCUCCAUUGCACUCUGGCGUGGCUCCGCCUCUUCACAUCUGUGUCGCACCUGUCUGUCCUACGAUGGCAGGUGUGGCACGUCGCUUCUAGAGACCCUAUAAUAAGAGACCCGACAACUGGCGGAAGUGUCCACAAAAUGGCCGCAAAUGCCGUGAACAUAUGGAGGGAGAUUGCAUCAGAAACACAGGACUCUUUACUCGCGCUGUAGCACGUGUAAUUCGUACAUGCCUGCGAUUAACGGCGAGCAUUUCUGACACGGUAACAAAGAAAUAAUAUCGAACAAUUGAGGCCCAACGUAUGCUCGCUCGUGUGUCACGUUGUGUCGCGGCCGUAUAUCAUCUGUGAUGUGAUCUUGUGUCGUCGCACAAUACACUGCUGUGUCGUAUAUAAAAAUGCCAGCUUGCUGUGUGUCAACACGUUUAAAACACACAAAGAAAGGAAUAAAAAUUUUUAUGGCUCGUUUUCCAACGAAUCCAGAAAGAAGAGAUGUUUGGAUUGCUAACAUAGGCAAACAUAGACUAAGGAAUUGGAAAUCGACAAUAGAUCUGUUUGUAUGUGAAGUACAUUUUGCAAAUGAUAUGUGGGAAAAAGUACGCGAUGACACGAAAAGAAAAUUAAAAGGCAACGCUGUGCCCACAAUUUUCCCUGCUCAAUUGGAAAUGAGCAGUGCAUCUAUUAGUACAAACGAAAAAACUAAUAAAUCUUCACAAAGGCAACCUGGUGCAUUUGAAACAUUUAAUGUUCAUGAAGACAAGCAGCAAGAGGACUGUCUCGGAGCAGAUGUUCCUGAUAUUAUUCCAUUGACAUCGAAUUCCUCUAUUCCUACCUAUUCAAGAGAAAUAAGCAACCAAGAACUCAAUGAAGUUGAACGAUUAAAGAAAGAGUUAAAAGAAGCCAAUAUAUAAAACUUAAUUUGGCCCAGAAAAUAAUUUUGAAAAGUAAUCGAUCCGUAUAUGUGUUAAAGAAGCAUAAUAAGAGGUUGAAACAAAUGAAAAACAAUUCAAAAAUCCAAAAUUAUUUGAGAUUGGAAUCAUCACUCAAGCAAUUGUUUAAUGACGAUCAAAUAAGAGCUCUCAUGCGUCCAUCCUCUCGCGGCCAUAUGUGGUCUAAUGAUACUAUUAAAAAAACACUUCGAUUGAAGUAUGCAUGCGGUUCCAGUGGUUAUGAAGAAUUAUUGAAGCAAAAACACCCUCUACCGUGCGAACGUAUACUUUAAAGAAAACUAGAAAGUAUCCAAUUUCAGGAAGGAAUUUGUGACGACAUUUUUAAAUUAUUAGAAGACAAAGUUACUCAAUUUAAAGACGUUAGAGAAAGAGAUUGCUCACUUGUACUGGACGAAAUGUCCAUUGUUCCAGGCCAACAAUUUGAUCCAUCCACACAGUCAUAUUAUGGAACUGCAUCGUUUUGCACGCGUAAAGGUUUGCAUUUUAAUAACGAGUUUAAUUAGCAUUUGGUACUAUUGAAUUUUUUUGUAACAUUCUGAAAACUGCUAAUCGUACAUCUCAUUAAUGUAUUUUUUAAGAUUCAAAAAAUACACUAAUAAGAGAUGCAAGAACUCAUCGGGUGCUUAAUAAGCUGAUGAAAUACUACAUCCACCCAUUUUUUCUAUUUUGUGCAUAUAAUUCUAUUUGUGUUUCUAAUUCUAUUCUUUUGCAUCUUUUCAUGCAUGUAGGUGAAAGAGUUGAAGCUACGCAUGGUUUGAUUUUUGUGCUAGCAGGUCUUUUCUCACGUUGGAAACAAAAUGUUGCUUUUUAUUUAACACCUGUUCGAGAUUCCGUUAACGCUGCGCCGUCAGAUCAGAUGGCAGCAUCG